UUCCAUUAUAAAUAAGUGUUUCAGUCGUUAGUGAAUUACAAAUAAUAAUUUACAUAAACCCUAUAUAAUUAGAACAGAUAAAGUUACUAUCCACUUAGCAACUUCAUAUCAUAAUAAAAACACUAUUGAAAUCCGAAAAAAAAAUAUAUCCGUCUAUAAAAAAUUAUUAAUACACGAAAUUCAUCAUUAUUAAACAAUUGUAGUUAACUCCACUUGUUUUUUCUGAAAUUUUGUGAAAUAACUAUGUUUUUCAGUAUAGCUAUUUUAAAGAUUAUUUUAAUGACAAUGUAUUUCAAUUAUCUGUUCGCAUACAGAACAAUAAGAAGUGAUGAAGAAAUGAAGCAUUAUUCUCAAGAUGCACUCACAGCUAUAUGUCAAAUGGAAUCGGAAGUUGCACGAAAUGCUUUUAGAGACACGAGCGAUUAUCGUACAGAUGAUCCUUACAUUGAAGAUUUAAUUGACAUUUGGUUGAAAAAAUGCAUUCGUUCAAAAAAUAAUAAUCCAAGAAGCAUACAGAAGCGCCCGUAUUACGGCUGAGACUGAUUACAACGGAUAUAGUGAAAAUGUACACAACUUAUUUCCAGUUGAUUGUUACUUUCUUUAUUGAAAAUAUACUACGAUAAAGCUUCUUAGUUACAA